CCAUAAUCACGCGCCUACCACUGGUACCAUAAUACUGUGAUGUUGCUCCUUUGGUAACGUCAGUUCACUAGAGCAGAGCUCGCGAUCACAGCUCAGCGAUCACAUAGCGACACAGCGGAGAGUAUACACACAGUUCCUACAACAUGGGCAAGCAAGAAGACGGGCAUGUGAAGAGACCGAUGAAUGCGUUCAUGGUUUGGUCACGAGGCAAGAGAAAGCAUUACGCCAGUAUUAAUCCACGAAUGCACAACUCUGAGAUCAGCAAGAGGUUAGGAGCGGAGUGGAAAAUGUUGACGGCUGAAGAGAAGGAGCCAUUUAUAGCGGAGGCAAAGCGCCUGCAAGCACUUCACAUCCAGGAGCACCCGGACUAUAAGUACAAACCCAAACGGCGCAAACCCAAAUCAGUGCAGAAGAAAGACCUCGCUUCCCCUGUCUUCUCCCCGUACGCUGCAUCUAUGAUGGCGGUUGACAAAUUCUCGACGAAUCAAUUGCCACAAACAAUAGCUCAUUCAGUUGCUUUGUCCCAGGAUCCAAUGUAUUCGAAAAUAAAUGGUGGACCGCCGUUUCAUCACUCCGUGUCGCCGGGUUACCCCGUGAUAUACCCGAGUGUCAGUAAUGGAGGGAAUGUGCACUCAGGCUCGCCUUCUUCCCGCCAAAUCUUCGCCGGCGCCAUGGACAGUACUCACUCGUUUCGCGCGAGUGAUAUGAUGGCGGGUCGACCAGUGUAUAGCAGUCAGGGCUACCAGGGGGCUCUCCACUCGCAGGUCCAGCAGCGACUAUCGCAAGUGGAGGAUAGCAGAGGUAUGAAGUCCAUGAACGCGACUCCGAGUCCACCCGUGUCAAGUCCCGACCCCAUGUCUAAAGCGUACUCGAGCUCCGAGCUGAGUAACCAACGAGUGUGGCAGCCACAGCAGGACCUAACCAGACCCGUCGCUUACGUACCGAUUCAUGAGGUGAAGCUUGAAAGGCGCUAUUAACGAAAGAACUCUCUCACUCUCGCUUCAUAACUACUCGAGCCGCCAUCAUGCGAGAAUGGCGCAUAACUCGUCAACAACUAAACUAACUAUCUUUAAAAUACUUUAAUCUGCAGGCAGAAUCGAUAAAUUAAGAUUUCUAAUACCCUAAACUUCUUUAACGAGCAAGUAACUCAAGUAUACCCGAGAAUAGCUUCUUGAGUAUCUAAAGAGAAUUGAAAAGAUACUAGUCAAUCAAAUUUGACAGGGAGAGCUUUUGAUUUGUCCUAUACACGCCAAAUGUUUCUCUUGCGAUUUGCUUGGAUUCGGGAUCCAAUUUCUCUUUGUGUGGAAAAGUUUGACAUAACAUCGCGGCGUUGUAUGAGAGGACAAUUAAAGAUCUCUUAAUGUUUUCGAGUGAUUGCAUGGACAAUCAGAACUCUUGAGAAUGUUUCUUAUUCUCACUAAAAACCUACUGACACGAAAAGGCAAAUAUCAGCGCUGUCAUUGGGGGGCAGCAAAUGCGUAUAAAAGAGAUAUGCUCAAUAAACUAUAUUUCUCAAAACUCUUGUAAAUAUUGUACAGAAGUAUAUAACCUAAAAAAAUACGAUUUGACAAGAGAUAUAUAAAUCUCUCACUUUUGACUGUUUCUUCCUGUCGCGCUUGAAAAGCUGGUAGCAAGCGCUCGUGCGCGCUCAACUAUGUAGCCACUUUAUGUGUGUACAAUUGUAAAUUGUCCAAGCGGCUUGUUUCGCGUACGAAUAUAUUGUAAAGCUUGGUCAAAAGUAUUGUAAUAUUGACAGAGAAAUUAAAUCUGUUUAAACAA